UCGCCUUUACGGAACCGUGCUGCAGGCGGAGCUCUCGUGCUCCAUCCGCUACUUCUGGAAUGCCUUGGCAACGAGUAGGCUGUCAAAACUGGUGGAGGCGCAUCACCACACCGCUGAAGGAUCCACGUCGCAGAGAGCUAAUCUGAGGAGCUGACCUUCCAUCGGAAAGCAUAAUAAAACAAAUAUCAACGACUGAAGGCGAAGGAAUUUCGGGACGGUCAGUAUGUGGCAACCAGCCAGCGAUCGAUUGCAGCACUUUCAAACAGUGUUGAAGACCAAGUUGAAUGUCUUGACAUUCCGUAAAGAACCUCUUCCUGCAGUCAUAUUCCAUGAUCCAGAAGCUAUUGAACUCUCCACAACCAAUCAAGUAAAGAAGAACCGGACCCAUAAUGGCUGCAAGGUCACUUAUUUGGGAAAGGUUUCAAUAACAGGAUUACAGUUUCUGUCCGGAUGCACAGAAAAACCUGUGAAUGAAUUAUGGGAGAAGCAUGAAUUAACCCAAAAGGACAGCACACCUGCACAUGGAAUGUUAGAGAUACACCCUUUUCAGGUCCGCCUUCGCCACCUAGAUGUUAAAGGUGAGGCCACUGUUCACAUGGAUACAUUCCACGUAGCCCGUAUUGCCUAUUGCACUGCCGAUCAUGAAAUUAACCCAAACAUCUUUGCUUGGAUUUAUCGUGAAAUCAAUGAUGACCUGACUUACCAGAUGGACUGCCAUGCUGUGGAAUGUGAGACCAAGCUUGAAGCCAAAAGGCUUGCCCAUACCAUGAAGGAGGCCUUUAAAAAGACAUUUAAUAGCAUGAAGAGUGAUGGACGUAUUCACAAAACCAGCCUUUCUGAUGAUCUUUCUCAAGAGUUUGCAUCUGAUGAUGGCUGAGUGAAUACUGAGUUAAUAUUUUAAUGGGAAAUCUUGGUCUUCAGAAUGGGAGCUUAGGAGAGUAUAAGUGGGAAAAUAAUAUAGGAAAGAAAUGAAUGGCAUAUGCUUGGACGAUCAGCUGUAACACAUAAAGUAUGACACAGCACUUAUGGAUACAUAUUAUUAAAGUACCUACAUUCUGAUGGAAUCUGCUGCUAUGCUGCAAAUAUGAAGAAUAAGCUUUUUGUUCUUUUUGAUAAGCUCUUUCAUUACUUGGGCGCAUCUGCUAAUUCUGCCUCACUCUGGUUCUGCUUUAUGAAUUUCAGUAAAACAAUACAACUUAAAAAUCCAAAGGACUGCCUUGGGUCCUUUAACAUGCUGCAUAGGGAUUCUGUGACAGAAGAACAACAAUAAUGUGUUAAGGAAAAUUGGAAGGCAGAGCAGCCAUAUUCCAUUUAUUUAGUACAUUUUGGAAAGCAGUAAUUUGAGAACUAAAACAUCUUGAAACACAUUUAGAUGUCAGAUAAAAACUGCUUGGGCCAUGGAGUCUUCCCUUUUGCCUACCUUUGUGGAUAUGAUCCCGAUACUCCUUAACAGUAUAUUUCUGAAUUUUUUUUCCUCAGUAUGUAUAGUAUUCUCAGCAUGUGUACAACAUCUCAUUAAAUGAUGGCAUUCUUUCAUGAUUUGUUUUAGGGAAGAUGUAUGUAUGCACAAAUUCAAGUUUUAGUGUACUGAAAGGUGGCAGCUUGUAUGACAUUACAUCCCCAUAAAACUGAAACAUAAUGUCAUUAUGCAGAAAAUAUGUAACUUCACAAAACAGGAUUAAAACAAUACCCCUUGAUUUAUUUGUAGCACCCCAGUUCCAAAUACAUAAAUAAACAUUGUACUGGGCUGUUACAUGGCUAAAAGAUAAGUGAAUAGCAUAUUAUCCUGGCCUGUAUGCAUGUGUGGUACCAGCCUUGAUCGAAGGAUUUCUCCAUGCCCCUGGUAGUACUGUUGCUUUGUGGUGAAAAUAAAGAUUACCAGCUAACAAGACCAAUGGUAUGUGUAUUUUAAAAGGCUGUCAUUACAGUGUAGUAUGUUGGCACUGAUUCCAGCAUGUGCACAUGGCUGUUAUUGUGAAACAAAACCUUAUCAUUUACUUUUUAUCUUCCAGGAAACAAUUGGUUCUCAUAUUAGGAUGCAUAAAAUAGAUUUCUUAAUGUUCUUUUUAGUUUUGUAUGCAACCAUAUAUUAGAAAAGAUGCAGAGUGCUGUAUCAUCGUCCUUAAAGACUCAUCACAUUGUGGCCAGUUGGAAGAAGAAUUGCUACCCCCACUUUCAUUAUCUAUUCCAUUUAAAUAAUUUGAAAAACCUUCAAUGUGCGUUUAAGUAUCAUCUCAAAGCUUUGCAGUAAAGCAGUGCAACAGAUUUUAUUCUGCUUCUGUAACUGUGAUUUAUACCAGAUAGUAUUAAUAAUCUGCAUUAUGUGCUAUUGAUCAUUUAUUUCAUCCAGUAUUUUAGAUAUUAUUUUAAGUUUAAAAUGUUAUUCUUUUAGCAUAAAUAAUGUGUUAUAUAAAGAAAGAAGACUGUAAUACUAAAAAUGAAUGUUAUCACAGAAAAUGUUAUGGAGAAAAUAAUAAACUUAUAAAAUUAUUAAAAAAAACAUAA